AUGGCAUUCAGCGGGGCCGCCUCAGCUCCUACCGCGGACAUGGACAUCGACAUGGACCUUGACCUGGGACCAGAGCCAGAGCCACAGCCAGAGCCAAUUCAGGUGGAAACAACCACAAACCAAGAACCCACCCUUGACCCCCUCACUGAUGAAGCGGUCUACGAAAAAGUGCAUGUUCGCGGCGUCGAUGAAAUGACCACAGAAAAUAUCAAACAGUUCGCCCGUGAAUGCUCUGGACAGGAACCAGUGCGCGUUGAAUGGAUCGACGACACAUCCGCCAACCUCAUUUUCCCCUCCGCCGAAAUUGGCCUCCAAGCCCUCACAGCUCUCACCCAAGUCGCCGAGGAAGAAGACGCGUCUACCCUGCCACCUCUCCGUCUCCGAUCGGCAAAGGUCCUCUCCUCCCACCCUGAUUCCGUCCUCCAAGUGCGAUCGGCUGUCAAGUCGGACCGCAAGCAAGCCCGCGCUCAUGAAAAGAGCCGCUUCUACCUCAUGCACCCCGAGCACGAUCCCCGAGAACGUCUGCGCCAAGAAUUUGCAGACAGGAGACGUAGCGACGAUGCAGGCGAUGGCGAUUACAGCCGGCGCAGAUUCGACGACCGGGAACACCGACGCCGCCGAGACCGCGCCGAUGACGAGGACUUCAACGCCGAUAUGUACGGUGAUAGUGUGGGCACUGAACCCGAGCGCGCUCGGGGAAAGCCCAGAGGCCGUGGCCAGAGGGACCUGUUUCCAGAGGAGGAGGGCCGAUCAAGUGGACGUCUCCGGAAUCGCAGUGCGUCUCCGGGACGAGACACGCUGGAGGAGGAACUUCGGGGCGAGCAGGGUGGUCGUGAUAAUAGCAGGCGGUUCCGCGAGAGGUCGCCUCGAUACAGCCGUCAGAACAAGGAUAAAGAGCUUUUCCCAAGCGCGGGCGCGGGCGCGAGCGAGUCGGGAACCCGCGAGCUUUUCCCGAACAAGCCCACAUCCAGCUACAUCAAGAAGGAGCUAUUGCCUAGCAAGCCGAGUCACCAUCGUCGGUCAGAUGCGUUUGAUGCUUCUUCUGCCCCAGGCGCCUCUGAGCACAGACGCCACAGCAACAUUGAGCUCUUCCCUGAUUCCACCAACAAUGGCGCCCGCAUUCGUGGAGCUGCCGAAGACCAAGGGUUUGCCAUCCGUGGCGGAGCAUCAACCGGUAUGUCGAUUAAAGGCCGGGGUGCGUCGGUGCGCGAGCUGUUCCCUUCCAAGUUCGGCGAUGACACAAACAAUAACACCAAUGCUGGCCCCAAUGCUGGCAAGGAAUUGUUUUCAGAUACACUAGAAGGACGCGGCGGUCGUCGUCGUCGGGCUGAGGAUAUGUUCAGCUGA